GAAGCUCAGCUUCAGUAACGUCAACGCUGGGGUUAGCUUAGCUUAGCAUAGCAUAGCUUAGCAUAGCUUAGCAUAGCUACGGCUGGCAGCUCCAGUUCCGUCAAAUAUGGUAUAAAAAGCAGAAAAAGAUGAAUCUUCGAGGAUUCUUUCAGGAUUUUAAUCCAAGUAAAUUCCUGAUCUAUGCGUGUCUGCUGCUGUUCUCGGUGCUGCUGUCUUUACGUUUAGACAAAGAUAUAGAGUGGAGUUACUGGGCUGUGUUUGCACCCAUCUGGCUCUGGAAGCUCAUGGUUAUCAUCGGGGCAUCAGUGGGCACUGGGGUAUGGGCACACAACCCUCAGUACAGGGCUGAGGGCGAAACCUGCGUAGAAUUUAAGGCCAUGUUGAUCGCUGUUGGGAUCCAUCUCCUCCUCUUGACGUUCGAGGUUCUGGUGUGUGACCGUGUGGAGAGAGGGAAACACUUCUGGCUGCUGGUCUUUAUGCCUCUGUUUUUUGUCUCACCUGUCUCUGUGGCAGCGUGUGUUUGGGGCUUCAGGCACGACCGCUCACUUGAGCUUGAGAUCCUGUGCUCUGUAAACAUACUGCAGUUCAUCUUUAUCGCACUGCGGCUAGAUAAAAUCAUCACCUGGCCGUGGCUGGUGGUCUGUGUGCCACUGUGGAUUCUCAUGUCCUUCCUGUGUCUAGUGGUGCUUUAUUACAUCGUCUGGUCUGUGCUUUUCCUGCGCUCAAUGGACGUGAUUGCAGAGCAGCGUCGCACACACAUCACUAUGGCCAUCAGCUGGAUGGCUAUUGUUGUCCCCCUGCUGACUUUUGAGAUCCUCCUCGUGCACAAGUUAGAUGGUCAUUACGAGUCCAAAUUUGUGCCUGUCUUUGUGCCACUGUGGAUCUCUCUGGUGACACUGAUGGCAACGACGUUCGGCCAAAAAGGAGGCAAUCACUGGUGGUUUGGCAUUCGUAAAGAUUUCUGUCAGUUUCUUCUGGAACUCUUUCCUUUCCUGCGGGAGUACGGCAACAUCUCCUACGACCUGCAGCAUGAAGACUCAGAGGUUUCCGAAGAACUUCCUGCCCACGAGCCACCUAAAAUUGCACCCAUGUUCCGCAAGAAGACGGGUGUCGUCAUCACACAGAGUCCUGGGAAAUACUUCGUACCUCCACCUAAAUUAUGCAUCGACAUGCCGGAUUAAUAAAAUAAACUCCAAAUUCCUCGAACACUGAGUGAGAGGAACGCGGUGCCACGGUCUGGACUUGACGCCGUGUCAGAGAGGGAACACUGUAAAUGAGUGAGACAAAAUAUUUUAGCUGAUUUCAGCUCCUGUGUGCUGCAGAACAACCUGAAUAAAGCAGCAGAUAGUGAGCAUAACUUCCUCCGCUAAACUCUUCCACAAGCCUAACUUCUCAUCACUCCUUUAACAACCACUAGUUUUUCCUGAGUAAGCCGGGUACAACGUGGAGGACGUUAUGUAGCCAAAGAACAUUAAAUGGUUCCAAUGCUGCCAUUUUUUGCAGCAAUUCAUGUUUUUUUAAUUUUGUUCACAGCAGUGAAUUAAUGAAUUAUUUUGCUAUGACUUUGUUUGUAGAUUCAGUCAGUGUUCAUUAGAACAAAUCAAGGACAUUGACUCACCAACACACGUUUAUUGUUUCUGGACCAUGUUGAAGUGUUUAUAGUCUUAUCACAUUGUGAUCUGUAUAUUUAAGACUUACUGACUGUCCUGAUUUUCUCACGUUUCCUUUUUUUAUUACAGAUAAAUAAUCCAAUUCUGAAACUUUUUUAUUUAACACUAGCAGCUGAAUUUAAAAGAAAAGAGUCUUAUUUGUAAGUCAUUACACAACAGGCUUGUGCGAUAUCAUUUUUUCACUGGUCACCAUUUACCAUUACGUUUAAUUAUCCAGAACCUAAAAAAAAGAAGAAAUAUAUAGAAACUACAUAUUGGAUAGAAUCCUUUUAAAAAUCAGUUAUCUAUUCACUUUGUGGCAGAUUUUCACUGUUGAUCUGCUGCUCAAAGUUCUUUUUGUGAGCUCUGAUUAAUGCAGGAGAGAAACUUAAUCUUAAGAAUCUUAAUUAAUCUUAAUAAACUUAAGAAACACAUAAUCACCAUUAACUUUAUUUAUAAAGCAUAAGAUUUGACACCUUGUUGUGUUUUUUUUUUUUUUCUGUUGUUCCAAAAAACAAAAACACUUUUGAACGAUAAACAAUUUCUUUCCAAUGUCACCUUUCAACACAUUUUUGUACUUAUUUUUUAAUUAGCGUUAGAUUAUGUAGAGCGUCUGCUGUACACGUCCCUGUUUAUGAGCUGUUACUAUAGAAACAAUAACGUAUUAGAGUGAGGGCAUUAAUAUAAACCCGUUGUUCACGUUACUGAAGGUCCAUCCGUGCUGUUAUACAGAAGUAAUAAACACCUUCUGACCAAUCAGAAUGGAGCAUUAAACCAUCUUGUGUAACUCUUUAUAUCGCACAAGCCUAACACAUUAUAUAUUUAGUGUAUAGAAAUAAAAUACAAUAUAACCAGUUAACAUGCAUUUCCAGAUCUAAAUGCAGCUUGGAUGUAUCAGUCAUAUUUCUAGCUGCACACUUGCAUGUAUGUAUAUGUGUGUAUGUGUGUAUAUUAUUGUGUGUACUCAGCUGGCCUGAGGUAGCAGCAGUGGAGAUGUUGGUAGCAGAUAUGGACCAACAUGUUGUUGGCUCACAUCUGUGCUAUAAGUCGUGUAAUAGUGUCAAAGCUCUUCAUUUUAGAAAAAAAUAAAAUAAUAUGCAAAAUUG